AUGUCGGUGCGUCAGAGGAAGAAGAGCGGUAGUGAAAAAGAGGCCGAGACAGAGGGGCUGCAACCCGAGGACAGCAGUCCGGGGAUCCUUACGCUCAUGGUGUGUGUUGGUGGAAUUUAUGCCUCGUUCCUCACAUGGGCAGUGCUCCAAGAGCGCAUUGCAACUACCUCGUACGGGCUCGAUAACCGAGUAUUUCGGGCAGCCCAUGUUAUCAAUGGCACGCAAAACUUGCUAGCAUGUGUGUCGGGUAUUCUGUUCUUGUCCUACAAGCGAUGGACCGGAGACAAGCGUGCAGCUGCACCGCUGAUCCCCUCACGCGAGGUUGCCUCAAAGUACCUGUUGGUAGCUGCCUGCCAGGCCCUUUCUAGUCCGUUCGCAUACGCCAGUCUCAAGUAUGUCGAUUACCUGACAAUGUUGCUAGCCAAGUCCUGCAAGUUGCUUCCUGUCAUGGCUGUCUCUUUACUGCUCUACCGAACCCACUAUCCUGCCUACAAGUACGCAGUUGUACUGUUGAUCACGGCCGGAGUGUGUCUGUUUAGUGUCAUGCAGCCCAGCUCGAAGCAAAGCACUUCCUCCGAAAUCCGGGGUAUUGCUCUGCUUGGGGCCAACCUGUUCCUGGACGGCCUCUACAAUACCACCCAGGAUCGCAUGUUUGCCAAAUACAAAAUGAUCACUGGUGCUCACAUGAUGGCCGUGCUCAACUUCAUCACAACUGUACUUACUUUCGGUGCGUUCCUAAUAUCACCAGAGCAAAAAUCAGAACUGCAUUGGUUUGUGAAAAACCACCCAGCUGUCUUGCGCGACAUCUUCUUGUUUGGACUCUGUGGAGCCAUUGGCCAAAUCUUCAUUUUUUUGACCCUGGAAAAGUUUGGCUCGUUGGUUCUUGUCACCACCACGGUGACCCGCAAAAUGAUGAGCAUGCUCCUGUCAGUGGUAAUGUUCAACCAUCGCCUAGUCGGCCUUCAAUGGGUCGGAGUUGGACUUGUGUUUACCGGAGUUAUCGGCGAAGCACUUUGGAAGCGGCUGGUCCGCUAG